GUCAUUCCCACCCCCUUUAGCUGUCACACUGGUCGCGGCUCAAACCUAGUGAACAAGACAGCGUUUGGGCAUCAUAGAAGAAUCCAGAGAAUCCGGAUGCUGACUAGAUAGGCGGCUCGUGAGGGUUUGAAACACAGCCAGAAAAAGCACCGCUGCUAAUAGCAGCAUUCAUCUGACAUCGCAGGGUUAUUCGCUCUGAAAGACAGCAAUCAGCCAUUUUAGCUUUGCGCGUAUAUCCAUGCCAAAACAACAAAGCUUCCAUGCGGCACAAAGGCAAAAGACCGAGAGUUUUAGACAAUAAUAAAAAACCUGCCCUUUUAUUUACGCGAGUUGCCUGUUUUCGAGCUGAAUUCUAGCAUGUGCCACAUGUGACGAUUGUAGGAAUGUGGAGCAUGGGAUCACAACAGCCCUUCAACUACAGCUUGGAAUCAUCUUGGGAGAUGACAGAUGGAUGCAUAGGGAGGAUCGAAGCCUGCGAGCCAGCGUUGUAAACUCACCAUGGACCAGGGCUUCAGUUUCAGCACACUGAAGAAGUUAGCUGCAGAGCCAGAUCACACUGACGUCACUCUGCCAGCGGUGGAACGCGUGCGGGCCCUCAGCAAAAUGGGCUAUAACAUUGAAAUAAAUGAAGACAUCGCCCCGAGACGCUACUUCCGCUCUGGUGUUGAGAUGGAGCGUAUGGCAGCAGUUUAUCUAGAGGAGGGCAGUCUGGAGAAUGCCUUUGUCCUCUACAACAAGUUUAUCACUUUAUUUGUUGAGAAACUCCCCAGUCACAGGGACUAUCAGCAGUGCAACGUCCCUGAGAAGCAAGUAAUAAUGAAGAAACUGCAGGAAGUGGCCUUUCCACGAAAGGACCAACUGAAGAGACUUCUCCAUGAGAAAUACAGCAAAGAACACAGUGAAUAUCUGAAGAGUCAGACUCAAGCCAUGGCUGUUGACAUGUGUAGUGAACGACUGCAGAAGAUGUCUCUGUUGGAGGAGGAACGGCAACGUGUAGCACAGCUCAGGAAGAUGCAAAUUGAGUCUGAGCAGUUCCGCUACUUUGAGGACCAACUGCAUAGACAAGAGUUGGCCAGUCACAGAGAUGAGGCUGUUCCCAAAGUGCCUGAACAAACUGAUGGGUCCUGCUUAUCCCAGACCCCAAGAAACCAUGUGCGCCUUGACCCCAAUCGUAACAAACCAGCGGCCUCUGUCCCCAAACCGGCAGCCACCUUAGCAGCUGUACAAAAUCAGCGUGUCGAAGGCCUGAGGCGGGUUUUAAUCCCACGAGACCUGACUUACAGGUUCCUUCUGCUGGCUGACAGUAACACCGCGAGAGGAAUUGAGACAUGUGGAGUUCUCUGUGGAAAACUGACGCACAAUGAGUUUGUGCUGACCCAUGUGAUCGUCCCCAAGCAGUCUGCCGGUCCUGACUACUGUGACAUGGAGAAUGUGGAAGAGCUGUUCAGUUACCAGGACCAUCAUAAUCUUCUGACCCUGGGCUGGAUCCAUACACACCCGACACAGACAGCCUUCCUCUCCAGCGUGGAUCUGCACACACACAGCUCUUAUCAGCUCAUGCUACCAGAAGCCAUCGCCAUUGUUUGCGCACCUAAACACAAUGACACAGGAGUGUUCCGCCUCACCAGUGCUGGAAUGGGAGAAGUGGCUGGAUGCCGAUUGAAAGGUUUUCACCCCCACUCUAAAGACCCUCCUCUGUUCACUAUUUGCAAGCACAUUGUGGUGAAGGACUCGAAAACAACAGUUCUGGACCUCAGGUGACAGAGGAAGAGAGGAAAUAUUUCAGCAAACCAUUAAGGAUAUUUAUAUCUUUCUUUACUUGAAGGCUUUUUUUGUAUUUAUUUAUUUUACAAAAAGGUAGAAUCCCUCAGCUGCACAGUUUGCUGUGAGCAGGUUUAGUGAAGUUAUUGAGAUGUUCCAAUGGUGUUUUGUGUUUUUUAGGUUAUCAUGCGCUUUUUGUUCAUGGCCAGGUGUUUAACAAAAAUGUUGUGGUCAGAUUGUACCAUCUCAUCAUUUGACUGCUGUUUUGGUUCUUUGUCCUCAAGGUGGCGUCCUUUAUCAAGGCAUACUAUGAGGCUGCUACAAUGUGAAUUGAUUUCAGGACUUUUUUAAAGGAAGUUGUGUGUGUGUCUGUGUGUGAUUUGCCUUUUCACAUCAAUCAAAUCGCAAAUUUCACACGCUUUAACACAAUAUACACUGAAGAAGUGAAAUUUCAUUUUAAACCUAACUGAAUUUUCUAGUUUUGUGUUUGCUGCCAGUACAAAAAUAAAAUGGUUUGCUACGAGAGUCAUUUCUAGGCCUUACUAUGUUAAAAUCGAUGUGGUUGAAUGGUUGAUAAUUACACUUUGUAUAUACAGUAAGUUCAGAUAUUUUCAGGCUAAAGGAUUUCUGUCUUUUUCAACUUCAGCCUAAUGACGUGAUACGAAGUUGGCCAGUGAGCUGACUGUUUUGAUUUCCAAGUUCAGCAUUUUUUCCAAUGUGGACCUGAUUACAAGGGAAGUGACUCUUGAAAAGUAUAAACAAGAUUGGAAUCUCUUAGAGCAGACCAAAGUUCCCAUAACAGAAUAAGCAAAGAAACCUAAGAGACCUUACCAGAGGCCCUUGAAUGCACUACUCUCAGGGUUCCAUUCCCUCAUUUUAACAACUUGACUUUUGUCUCCACUAUAUUUAUGGUUUGAGAAGAAAACUUUUUGUCACCAGCUGAAGAUGAAAUUCGCUGUACGAUAAGUUGUGAACUCCAUGCAGUUCAGAGAGUGUUCACUAUAUCAUGUAUUUCUUGUAUAAUGUGGCAUUGGAUUGUUUCUUCAGUGUGUUGCUGUUUGCCAGUGGCUCCACUGACAUGUGCUGUGCUGUUGUGGCUCUUUGUGCGCAAGAGAGUAUAAGUGCAACACCAUUUUUCCUCAGCGCAUUUGUUAAUAAAAGCAAAAAACCUCUGUUAUGAAACAGCAUGAUGCUGUUUUUUGUUUUUUUAAUCUGUAAUUUAUUUAGAGUGAAAAGCUUCAAUAUCUACCCAAGCAAACUGAUGAUAGAAUGAUGGAAUGAGAAGCAAACAUUUAGCAUGAUUCAUCACAGGAUAUUGAUUGCUCAUACAUGUUUCAACAUAUCAGGUAUUUUUGGUCAAAAAUGGGAAAACAAUUUCCAUUAACAUUUAGUUUAAGAAAACACCUUAGCAUUUUUGACCGGUGAUUUUCCAUGACUUUUGUU